GCUUCUAGGGCAGAGAUGAAGAGGAGAGAGGAAGAGGAGAAGAUGAGGACAGCAACCAACCAGAGCUCAGAGGAGGAGGAGGAGGAGGAGGAAGAGGAUGAGGAAGAGGAUGAGGAGGAGGAAGAGGGGCAAAGAGAGACAAGCAGCCAGACCCCAGAGGAGGAAGAUGAAGGACCCACUGACCAGAAAGGAGCCCAUGAUGAUGAUGAUGAUGAUGGGGAGCCAAAGAAGAAGAAGAAGAAGGAGGACAGGAAGUGCGUUCCAGGUAUCAUCUACCUGGGUCACAUCCCUCCAAGGUUCCGCCCCAAACAUCUGAGGAACCUGCUGUCCGUCUACGGAGAGAUCGGACGGAUAUUCCUGCAGCCUGAAGACCGCCAGGUGAGGAAGAGGAGGAAGGAGUCGGGCUCCAGAAGGUGUGACUUCACCGAAGGGUGGGUGGAGUUCAGAGACAAGCGGGUGGCGAAGCGGGUGGCGCUGUCGCUCCACAACACGCCCAUGGGCACCAAGAAGCGCCAGAGAUUCUUCUCUGACCUCUGGAACAUGAAGUACCUGCACAGGUUCCAGUGGACUCACCUGAGCGAGCGGCUGGCCUAUGAACAGACGGUGCUGAAGCAGAGACUCCGGACUGAGGUCUCCCAGGCCAAGAAGGAGACCAACUUCUACCUGAACAACGUGGAGAAGAGCUCCCGCAUGGAAAAGCUGAGGAGGAAGAGGCAGAAGGUCGGAGAGCAGGUAAGAAUAUCUGGGAGACACGUCUUAAAGACGAGUCUGGGAGACGCGUGUGGGAGACACGUCUUAAAGACCAGUCUGUGA